AUGAGUGGCCUGUCAGGACGCCUACGUUCGGGUGUGGGUGGGGCUCCCGGGGGCUGCGGUGGGGCUCUGGCAGAAGACAAGGGGUGUGUAGGGGGGUUGGAGGGGCUGGAAGGGCCUGAGCUCUGGACCAGGGAGCUGGUCCAAGAGGGGGCCCUGGAACCCUCCAGCGAUGGACCAGCACCGGUGACCUACGACCACUUUGCCCCCUCCUCUCCCUCUGCCCUAGCCAACGGCCUCCAUCUGCAGAGAAGACUGGGGGACAGUUUGCGCCGGCGGAGGCAGACGGAGAUUCACACCCUCCCUGAAACCUGCACACUUGCAGAAACACUCAGAAACAUGCAAACGCACAUGGACCCAGAUGUGCACACACAGGCUGUGUCACAUGCACACAUGGACAAUUGUGCACUUGUGGAUAUCAACAUGCAUUUGGGCUCAGUGGGGACAGAGCAGCCCAGAACUCUCUCACCAGAGACCACACAUGCAACCUCACCUCAGCCCCUGCCUCUGUCACUUGUUAAUCAUCCUGCCUCCACCAAUGAGCUGGCAGCCCCGGUCCUCACUGCAGAGACAGACAUACCCUCAACCUUUUGUCCCGUUCCUAUUGGCCCAAACCCUCUCCCAGGCCCCUCACCUCUUCCUGUAGAGGCAGAGAGGAAGUAUGCUCUUCGCAGCUCUGGGCGUCCCCGCUUUCCCUGUCACCUUCGCAAAUCCUCCCGCCUCCGUCGCAGUACAGAGGACGGAGAGAGGAGAACAGGGAGGGAGAGACUAGGAGAGGAGGAGGAUGAUAUAACAGAGGAGAAGAUCUGGACAGUCAAAGAAGAGGAAGUGGCAUUGGUUGGGAAAGAAGAGCCCCACACUGUGGAGCCCGUUCUCCCUGCUGCUCCUUGCCCCACAGACAUCGCUCUAGCUCUAACUGUUCCCAAACCUUUUCCUAAAGCUAUACCUAAAUCUGGACCUAGACCUGGACCUAGACCUGGACCCAGACCUGGACCCAGACCCGGACCCAGACCUGGACCCAGACCUGGACCUAAACCUGGAUCUAAACCAGGGCCCAGACCUUCACCCAAAUCUAUGAAGAACGCUGGUCCUAAGAGUGUUAUGAAACACCGUCAGUCCUCCCACUCCAUCCCUCAUCGCUCCACUCCUCAUCCCCCUUUUCCUCGCCCAUCAACUAUAGCCGCACCUCAGCCAACUGUGACGACUGAGGCGCCUGUUGAUAUGGAGGUGUCUCCUCUCACUAAACGGAGGCGUGGACAUUUUGUGGGAGUGAGAAAGAUUGUGGUGAAGGUGGCUCGCAUUCCCGUUAACCUCAGCCGCCGACAGAAGAGCUACAAGAUCUCUAAUUUGGAGGUUACCGGAGUGGAGAAAGGCAUUGAAGGGGGUCUGGAAGGCACAGAGGCGGUUCGGGAGCCCACGGCUCUUCUCCGCAUGAAGAACAACGGGAAGAGUGUUAUGGUGAUGUUUCCACCUGGAGAACUCCCUGUUAUACUCAAACGCCGGCGUGGCCGUCCACCUAAACAGCCACUGCCAGGAAUACCAGGAGAACCUGUAAGUGCUGGAAAUGUUGGUGGUAAUGGAGACCAGCCCAAGAAACCCCGGAGACGGCGUCGGACUAAACUCCCUUCCCCUUACCCUUCCUAUGUUAACGAUACCAAUGAUGUGAAAACGGAGUACGGGGAUGUUCUGUCCAAACUGGCUUUUUUAAACCGCCAGCCACCUGCCACAGGCCGAUGCUCACCUCCUCGCUGCUGGACGCCCAGUGAGCCGGAGAGCUUCCACACCCCUUUGGAAAACCCCGGAAUAUCCACUCUGCUGCACCGGCUGACUGGCUUUAGGCGCAGAGGUGGUAGGGGAGGGGGCACGGGAAGAGGGGGAGGGGCAGCAGGGGGAAUUGGGGGCACUGAGCGCAAUAAAAGCACCUUCUGUGACUUCUUUGAAUCAAUUGGCAAGAAGCGAAAACUCAGCCCACAGUCUGAGCCCGGAAUACCCAGGAAAAGGGGGAAAGGUGCAAGUGGAGGUGGUGUUGGUAGGGGAGGGGGGAUUGUGGGAAGUGAGAUCAGUGGAGAGAAACCAGUCAGGAGGAGACGUCCAAGAAAGAACGGGACAUUUAAGGGUGAGGCUGGGGUCUCCAUGGGGCAGGACUGGUCCAAUGGAGCAGGUGGUUGGAGGGAGGAGGGGAGUAUGGACAAGGAGAAAGGCCUAGCUGGGUACCAGGUUUGUCGAUCUCCAAGGGGGGGCUUUUCCUCCUGUGAACUUGGAAGGGGAGGUGCCUACUGCAGUGGAGGAGGCAGCAGAGGGGCUGGGCCAGCUGGAGAUGAUUCACAGGGUCUGUUUGCUGGAUAUUUCCGGUCACUGCUUGACUCUGAUGAUUCUUCAGACCUGUUGGACAUCUCCUCCUCCCAGCCGGGUGCCCGCAAAGCUCAGUCCACCCCAGGCUAUGAGCCUUCAAGCCCAGCCCCCGGCCCCAGCUGGUCUCCCGCAUUCCCCAAGCAGAGCCCUAAGGGUCCUGGUGCUGGGGUGGAGGGUCCAGCCCAGACGCACUGCUCCUCAGCCAGGCCUCCCUACAGCUAUAGCAGCCUGGCUCAAACUUCCCCCACCACAUCUACUUAUCCCAAAUCCACUCCUCCAUCCCUCUCUCUCUCCCAUUCCCCAAGCUCCCCCCAUCCUUCCUCCUAUAGCCACUACUCCUCUGGCUACUCCUCCUCCUCUCCUGCUGGGGCUGGUGCAGUGCCACAGAGAUCUUCAGACUGCAGCUUCUCAUAUGGCUCCGGACACAGCAUUGGAAAGGCCACCUCUUCUGGCCAGGGCCAGAUGAGUUAUUCAACCUACCAGGCAGCAGCCAAGCGGGGCUAUAGUGGCUAUCCUGUAGUGGCUCAUUCCUCCAUGGGGCGUGGGGAGUCAGCUGGACCCACUUCACCAGGAGGAGGGUACAUGGCCAUGGCCAAAGGCAGCCCCUUCAGUUCCUCUUCCUCCCCAGAGGGUUACAAACAGUACAACUCCAAUCAGUGGAGCUUCAGGCAAGGCUACGGUGGUUGGGCAGCAGAUAGCUUCGGGCCUCAGUAUCACGGCUACAGUGAAUAUGGCUCCAAUGAGUCCAAAGACAUCCUUGAUAUCUCUAACUACACCCCUCAGAAGGCCAAGCGCCAACCCUUCCCUGAAAGCCUAUCCGAAUCCUCCUCUGACUCCUCCCAUCUAGGCUCUGCAGCUGCUGGCAGUGGACCCAGCUCAGGCAGUGGGACAUAUAAACAGAAGGAGUCUGCUCCUAUUGGUGGGGAGGGGGGUCAGUCAAGCCUGUCCAGCCUGGAGAAGUUAAUGAUGGAUUGGCACGAGAGUGCUACGGGACCGUCCUAUAACUGGAGCCAGAAUGUACUUUUCCAGGGUGGGGGAAGCAGCAAGCAGGGCCGCGGACGCAGGAAACGGGCUGAACCACCACCGGAGAAAGAGGGGGGUUCUGCUGUACACCCUGAUUCCCCAUCUAGCCUCUCACCAACACCCACCCCGGGCCCUAAGCGGGGAGGGGUCGGAGGACGGCCUAGAGGGUCUAGAGGAGCCAGAGGGGGUUUGUCACCAUGUCAGAGAGAGCGGCCAAAAGGCAGGGCCAAGGCUGCCUCUGCAUCAGGAGGGGGAGGAGUGGGGGCUGUUGGAGGUCCGGAGGGAUCUGGGCUUUUCCAAGAGGGGCUGGACUAUUAUAGUGGAGACAGCAGCAGCUUGUCCCCCCUAGCUACUCCGAACCCUGCACCACCCGCCAGCUACCUUCAGGACCCCUGUGAAUACCCCUCCCCUUAUUCCGCCCACCCCUCCACCCCUUCCUCUGAGGAGCGAUAUCCAGCCAUCUACCCUGGGGAGUCUUCCUCCUCCCUCUCCCCAAGUGUCUCAUCUCCUCCCUACCCUCCCAAGCCCACCCCUCCCCCGCCCCAGACUUACCACCCUGUCCCCUCCAGGACCUUCUCUCCCUCCUGCUCUCCAUCACCACGAGUAACACCCCACUGUGGCACAGCCCUGAGCCCCCCCCACCGCCCGCCACCCAAAGACCCACAGUACUCGCAGUAUGACUCCCCCAGCUACUGUAGCUCCCCCUAUUGGUAUGGACAGACAUCGCACAGUGGCAGCCCCAGCCCCCACUCGCAUGGCACACACUCAAAUACAGCCAUGCACACACACACCAACCCACACACAAGUCCUCAUGGAAAUAUACAUGGUAACCCCCUUGCUAGCCCUAACACAAACACGGCCAGUCAUUUGAAUCCGAAUCCCCUUGCACACGACACGCAACUUCCCAACACACAACCCCACUCCAACUUGAGCUCACACACCAACACCCACCCACAACCGCACACCAGCUCACACCUCCACAGCAACCCCCAGUCACACCCAAACCUCCUUACCAACAAUCAGCCCCAGUCUCAUUCCCACCACAACACACACACCAACCCGAACCCUCACCUCCACUCCCAUACCCACUCCAAUCCCAACCCAAGCCUCCACUCCCACUCCACACCCCUGCUCUUUGAGGACCGCAGUCCUCCCUCAAUGCCCACACACAAGCGAGACCUGACCCCCCACUCCCUGAGCGCCGGCCAUCGCCAAGGUCCCCUGCCCCACUCCCCCUACCCAAAGUCUCCCCUGGACUCCUCACCCCACCAGGAGGACAUGAGCGGCUACUCCCUGUCCCAUCAGUCCUACCAGGGGAUGAGCCACCGCUACCCCCCCCAGGUUGCUCGGGGAAGUGGGGUGCUGUGCCAGCUCCUGGACCCAGCCAGUGAAGACAGCUUCAGUGUCACCAGCCUGUAG